CAAAUCGAACUUCACUCUGUCCUUCUAUGACGCAACACUUCGACUAAUCGGAAUUCCUAUUUUCUUAUCAGAAAAUGCGUUUAUGAGUGCUCCUGGCGUGAAUAGAAAGUAUUCGUGUUAUUUUCACAGUGCACAGUGAAUAACUCAGUUUUUAAAACAUUGCAUUAAUCUACUUCUAGUGGAGAAUAAUAAAAUAUACCUACCAAUGGCCUUCAAUCCAGCAGAUCAUCCUCACAACAGGUACAAUCCGUUGAGGGGAGAAUGGGUCCUUGUAUGCCCCCAUAGGGGUAAACGACCUUGGGCCGGUCAAAUUGAAAAAGUCCGGGAGGCAGCCAUACCACGCCACGAUCCAAAAAACCCACUUUGCCCGGGAAAUGUGAGGGCUAAUGGUGAGGUUAAUCCCCAUUACGUCCACACACACGUCUUCACCAACGACUUCCCCGCCCUGAUGCCCGAUACCCCAGCACCCCCUGAAAGCGAUGAUCCCCUAUUCCAAAUGCAGCCAGCUAGAGGAACCUGUAAGGUGAUGUGCUACCAUCCCCAUUCCGACCUCCACUACGCAAACAUGGAACUCAGCGACAUCCACCUAGUCAUCGAAGAAUGGCUAAGGCAGUACCAAGAACUGGGCAGAAAAUUCCUAUGGGUCCAAAUAAUGGAGAACAGGGGUGACAUGAUGGGUUGCUCUAACCCACACCCACAUUGUCAAAUAUGGUCCUCGGAAUUCUUCCCUAAUGAACCAAGGAUAAAACACGAAAACCUCAAGGCUUAUCACGAAAAAUACAAGAAACCACUCUUACAGGAUUACCUGGAGAAGGAACUCAACAGGGGAGAAAGAAUAGUGUACCAGAACAAAGAAUGGGUGGUUCUAGUGCCGUUCUGGGCGUUCUGGCCCUUCGAGACAAUGGUCCUUCCCAGACGUCAGACGCAAAGGAUGUCAGAUCUGGACGAGGAGCAGAAGAAACACCUGGCAGUGAUGCUGAAGGAGUUCACCUCGAAAUAUGACAACCUCUUCGACUGCGCAUUUCCGUAUUCUAUGGGUUUUCACGGUGCUCCUACCGGUGAACAGUUUGAGGUCGAUAUGCCUUUCUGGACGCUUCACGCAGUUUACUACCCUCCUCUGCUCCGAUCUGCCACAGUGAAGAAAUUCAAAGCUGCAUACGAACUGUUGGCACAAGAUCAGAGGGAUAUUUCGCCUGAAUUGGCGGCUUUGAGAUUGAGGGAGCAACCAACAACUAGAAUCACAAAAUGAUCCAAUGAAGAAUUUAUCGUAAAAGCCUUCCAGUUAUCCAUCAAAAUUUUUUUUUAUUGUGCAAAAUCGGUGUUUUGGAUAUAUCUUUUC